UAUCGGCUCGCGCUCACGGAGUCACGGCUUGGCUCUAUAAGUAUCGGAGCAGGGAAGGGCGGCUUCCCUGUCCCUGUCAGUGUCGACACAAUCCCCUAAUAGUGCCCCAGCUAUGGUCCGGGUGGCGCGAACGGCUCACCCCCUGCUGCUGGUCGCCGUUUUCGUGGUCAUGUGUGCGGCCAUCCCGCACUCCGUCAUGGCCAUAGACCUUAGCAGACUCUACGGCCAUGUCAGCUCCAAGAGAGGUGACGCUUGCCAUCCUUACGAACCAUUUAAGUGUCCUGGAGAUGGAAAUUGUAUUUCCAUACAAUAUUUAUGCGACGGGGCGCCAGAUUGUUCAGACGGUUAUGAUGAAGAUUCCCGUCUGUGCACAGCUGCCAAAAGGCCCCCAGUAGAAGAAACGGGUAGUUUUUUAAAAUCACUUUUAGCCAGUCAUGGACCAAACUACCUAGAAAAAUUGUUCGGAAGCAAAGCGAGGGAUGCCCUCAAGCCACUAGGAGGAGUCGAUAAAGUUGCAAUCGCGUUAUCAGAAUCACAAACGAUUGAAGAUUUCGGGGCGGCGUUACACCUAAUGAGGUCGGAUUUAGAACAUUUACGUUCAGUUUUUAUAGCCGUAGAAAACGGCGACUUGGGAAUGUUAAAGUCUUUAGGUAUUAAAGAUUCGGAGUUGGGCGAUGUGAAAUUUUUCUUAGAAAAAUUAGUAAACACCGGAUUUUUAGACUGAACUCUGCUCGACCCUGCUGCUAUCUUCUUCGCUCAUCCCCAACCUCAUCAACCUUUGAGUAAAAACUUUUAUUCUUACCUUCCGUAUUAAGUCUGUCUGUCUGUCUUCUGUUUCAGCAGCAGAGUCCGUUAUGAUCCGUCCCCUAUCCAUUUCCCAAAAACAAAAUAAAAAAAUAUAUUUUGGAAGUAUCGGACAGUGGCAGAUCUAAAACUAUAUUGAUAGGGGUUAUAAUAAUCUAAUGAUGAAUCGAGAACAUGUAUUACAUUUACAUUGAUAGACAUGUAGUUUAUGGAUUUUUACGUCCUUAUUGUAUUAAUUCCUAUAAAUAUUUAAGUCAUAGAUCUUCUAGAAGAAUAUGGGAAAAACUGUUAUGAAGUGAUGUACUGGAUUUAAUAUUUUUUAUAUAUACAGUGUACGAUUGAACAUUCCAAGCGCCAAACUUCUAAAUUACGAAUGUUUUAUUUAAAACAAAGUGUUCAAAUUUAAAAAUCUUUUAAUUUUAUAUUUUCUACCGUUACCUACACAUGGACCUUUUUGUGUCUGUGAUUAUUACUACUGAUGUUUCACAUAAAUAGUCAACUCAUUUUCUAGCAUAUGUAAUAUAUAAAAAAACUUAUAAUUUCAACAUUAAUUAUUAUAAAAUGACGUUUUGGAUAUUAAUAGAGCUACAAAUGUGUGUCAAAUUGAAACAAAAUUUUUGUACAAAUAAGUACAAUAAUUUCAAAAAAAAUGUUUAUACUUCAUAUACAUUUAUAUACCUACAGUUAAAAUACUUUUAAAUAUUUGAUCAAAAUAAAUAUUUAUUAAACUAUAUCGCAUUAAAAGCUGUGAUAAUUAAUAUACCUAUAUUUCAUAAACAUACUUCUAAUCUGAUAAUAAUAAAUAGGUACCUGAAUUUGAUCGUACCACUAUUAACUUUUUACAGGACACAUUGUAGAUUGUAUGGCCUUUAAAACGACAACUGUAUUUUUAAAUUUACCUUGAAACCAAAGUUAUAGAAAUAUUUACAUUCGGCUUAAUCCAUUUUAUAAAAAUUGUAAUUUAACACGUUAAGUGCCAAGAUCAUGCUCUUGCGACUCAUAUUAUUUUAUCUAGUGAACAUUUCUAUACUUUGUGUAUGUCUACACAGUAUUCGAGCCCCACCUAUAUGUGUAGCUGAGACCUAUUUAACUCAUGGCACUUAACGUGUUAAAAAUGUGUUGAUCGUUUAUGUGAAACAACACAAAUAACAUUUUAUUGUAUAUUAAAAAUAAAGAACAAGGGUUAAUUCAGUUAGGUUGAUGCUAAUGGUUAUUUAUUUAACUGGACAGCAAUGUAGUUAAACAUGUAAUUUUCUCGCCGAUUGUUUAAUAGUAUAUUAAAAACUAGUUAGGCAACUGUAUACGAAAUACACUUUCCAAUGGGUUAUGUACACUAUUUUUCCUACGACCAUAAAAACUCAAAGAAUAACCGAUUAAUAUGUAUUAAUUGUUUAUAUGAGAAUGGAG